GCAGUAGGCAGUGAUUCAGCGGAACUGAACGGAUUUUUAUAAGGAUGGGGGUGGAGUAAAUAAAAAUUUGGACGCUAGCUGGGUUCGGCGAAAGUGGAGCCAGCGGUCAUAGGGCUGCAGCGGCGUCUGGCCGAGAGAAAGAGAGGGAGAGAGCAAAGAUUUGGCAGUGGCGAGGGGGCGGGGGAAAGCUGAAAACUGUCAACCUAAGCCGACUGUACCACCAAUAAUUCACACAAGCUGAUCAGAAGAAGGAGCAAUCGCUGGAACAAGAGACUUAUUCGCCCGACGUUUCGGAUUCUCACUUGAACCCUUCAUCAGAGACAAUGACAGAAAGGGGUAAUUAAAGCACAGGAAAUUGCAGUAUUUAUAGAAUGCAGUCGCUAUGCUACCGCAUACCUCUAGUAAUUAAGUGUUCUCCCUUUCAUCAAGGAUUGUUGCCCGCUGGUGCGCUAAUUGCUUGAUGGUCGGCAUGCCAGUUGUUAAUUGCCGAGAUCUCAUCACCCGUGUUGGAUGCUGGCGUGAUGAUUGCUCGGUCAUCUGACUUACCGGCUUGCGCCCUCCCCGAGUGGUCAAUUACUUUGGCCAGCCUAUGUCUCAUCACAGAAUAUGGAGUAGGGAUGCCGUUGCACUUGUUGAUAGACUGAGCUCCCGCGAACCAUGACUCAAGCAAUUCGCGACUCACGCGAUGAUUCCCUCGCGAGAAUUCCGGCCUCAUCCAACACGGGUGAUGAGAUUUCAUCGAUUAACAACUUGCAUGCCGGUCAUCAAGCAAUUAGCGCACCAGCGGGCAACAAUAAUCGAUGAAAGAGAGAAUGGUUACUUAACAUAGGUAUGCAGCAGUAUAGCGACUGUAUCCUAUAAAUAGUGCAAUUCCCUGUGCUCGAGUCACCCUUUUCUGCCACUGCCUCUGAUGAUGAGUUCAUCGACAGCUUCUUCUUCUUCUUCUUCUUCUUCUUCUUCUUCUUCUUCUUCUUCCCCUUCUGGCCAACCAACUCCUGGAACUCGCAUCUUCGGUUGUAUCGGCAAUUCAGGCAAGCUUGGCUUUUGAGUAUCAUAACUAGGCUUCUGAAGUCACUUUUCCAACUAAUGCACCCUGCUGCAUGAACUUCAUUUUAAUCUUGUUGGGAUGAGCGAUGGAAUGACUGCUUAUACGUCGUUAAGUGUGAGGUGGGCAGGAAGGGGAUGGCGGUGAGCGGCGUUACGACAUCAGCAAAGACAGAACAGAUCUUGGCUCGUGGUUUCUCGUUCUAUGCGCUAUUCUGAAUGCUGAUUUGACGUAAUUUCACGGGCGAAGGGAACGCCCAUAUUCCGCUGAGGAAACAGGUUGGAUCAGGGAAAGUUGGUUUCAUAUGAUGCACGAAACCUCCCCCCCCCCCGCCCUCCUUAACGCUGGAUCGUUGGAGGAAACUCAUAUAGCAGCUGAGUUGCGUGAGCGAAGAGGAAAUAACACGGGGAGCUUUAGCAAGAGGCGGACGACAUUUUCCCUCAGAUUGGCCUGGAAUUCUCAUUGCUUCAUUCCCUGUCCUAAUUAACUAGAUUACGCAGCUAACUAACUUCAGCCAACGUUCUUAAAUUUUGAGAGUUCCUCGGGCGGUCUCCCCCCCCCCUUCUUAUUAGGGUCGACGUAAUGCGUGUGCGCCUGCUUAAAAUCUGAAGAGCCGAAGUGCCAGGCCGAUACUGCUCAAAGCGCAAAACCGUCACAUCUGAAGCGCGAUUUUUAAAUGCCGACGCGGCCUAUCGGCUCAUCGAUCUUCCACGCGCAUCUACCGGGUUUUUGCUAUCACUUAGGUCUGAGCCGAGAAGGUAAGAUCGGUAGGAGACCGUCCAAAGGACAUCUAUGUAAAAAAAGAGAAGCUAAUGGUUUCGUGGGCUGGAUGGCUAUCCGAUGCAACCAGGCGAAAAAGCAAAACUUAUCAGGACGGUGAGAUUAAAAAUCACACAAACUCACGGCCAGUCACCUGCGGGGUCCAUUAAACUCCCGGUGACAUUUGAUGUACCAUUCAGAUGCUCAGAGCGGAUCAUAGUGCUAUUGGUAUGAGAAGUCGAACUGCGACAGAAUCCUCAUAACAUUUCUUUCCAAAAGGCUAACAUGCGUUCAGGUCAGAGGAAUACUUGGCACCGUACGCGAAUAGGGGCCUAGGGGAAAACCGGCAAAAUUUUACUAGGUAUUUUGACAGAUUUAUACCAAUUCAUUUGGACUCAACGCGGUGACCUGAGUGGGGUUCGAACACGCGACAGAAAGAGAUAGUCUUGAAUACAGCCAAGGCCCUGGCCACCUGAGCUACGUGGUCCUACCGGGAGCCGUAAGUGUGAUCACAUUUGGGGCAGGUUACCUGUAACUUAAGUGAGCCUGAAAGACCUUCUCCUCUGUCUCUUCGGACCUACAUUUUCGUUUAUAUCUACAGUCUUAGGGCGAAUCAAUUACUCAGCGGUCCUUGGAUAGCUGUUGGCAAGGAUUGCGUGACGCAUAAUUGUUGAUGAAAUCGAGGUGCAAGUAGCAUGAUACUGAGAGAGAAGUUGAAGGAGGAGUUGACAGAGUGCUGUUCAUUACCCUUCAUUCAAACACCUGACCGCGGCGACUGCAUGGUUUUGGAAAGUCCGCAAGCCAGGAACCCCUAAGAUCAAUUAUUUUUUAGAGCAAAACCACAACGCUUUGGCUUGGGAAAAUAAUUGUACAGUGCACUGAAUGUUUUGCUAGCGUCCUGAAACAACUGCCCAAUCAGCUGGACAAUCUAUACAAAACUGGGUAAGACUGAUAUGUAUGGCUCCUAAACGAAACACGAGAACAGGAACCGCCUGUAGUGCGGGUGGUUUUGAGCCAAUUUCCAGUGAAAUUAGGGUACGGUUCAAGCUUAGGUCUCAGAUGAGAUUAAGGAUCAGAUUUAGGGCUAAUUUCGAAGUCGACAGUAAAUCGGGAUACAGUUUAGGAUUAAGACUGGGACUAGUGUUAACUGCAGAGUUAAGGUUUGGGGUAGGUCUAGGGUCGAAACUGGGGCAACGGGUUGGUUUUAUAUUAGGGUUAUUGUGGGGGUUAAGAAACAGGAAUAUUUCGCUCUUUCCGGCAUCAUGCCGAGUUCCAACUUUAUUGCUUGGGUGGGAUGUUCCCAUUUCGAAGUCCUGUUUAGGCGGCCAUGUAAGUUAGUAUUACCGAAAACUGUAAGGUACUCGAUUUGUAAACGUCCAAAUUAAGGUGUUUUCUUUACCCUAGCCACUCUUAACCUCCGCUGAGCAACAGCUUGCGUUGCCUAGUCGAGUAAAAACACAUUUUUCUGAUAAAGAGGGCUACCAAGCCGAAGUGACAAACUUGUGUGAACUGUUUCUCAUAAUGGGUGCCAGAAAGAUCUUUUUACCCCGAUGCAUGGGACAGGCAGAGUCAGAAGAAACCUUAUGCCAGAUUAAAAUGGCACACAUGCCAACGCUCCUGACUUGUGCACCAUAAGGACACGGAUGGUUAUCUGGGUAAGAGGGAAGUUAUUGUAAAAAAAUCUCAUGUGAAGCAUAUGAUGCAGUUUAUUGUGGUUAAACAGAAAAUUCCGUCUCUACCUGCAUUUAUGGAAAUCAACUGACAGUAAAGGGGCAAGACCAGCAGUUGAAAGUAGCCCUUCCGACGCUAGACACGGAGGACACCUUUGGUUGGGACACAACACGUAUUGUCAGUGUCUGCCCUUUGAAGAAAGGUCGAGAGUUUUCUGCAGCCAUUAGCCACCAACCGGCAUAGGGGAUUAACUACCGCGUACAAAAUCUCAGGGAGGAAUGGAAGAGAGGACUGUGAGGCAGAAGAGGAUGACUCCGACGGCCACCGUUCACUGGCAUAAAUGCCAAGUAAAUACUGUUUUUUUUAAGUACAUUUAGCAUGUUUACUACUUUUGGUACAUUUUUUCUGCGUCUGACAACCAUUUCGAUAAAAGGGGUCGAAAGUUUAAAAAAAAAACGAAUUCCUUUUUCUAAAACAACUUACUUAACUUCAACGUGUUUGCAUAUACAUAAGUGCGUGAAUGUAAAUAUAGACUUAUAUAUGUUUACGUACCCAGGAGGACCACCGACAAAGACAAGGGAGAGUUAAGUGACCAUUUCUGGCUUAUUGGGUGUCACUAGCCAGCUCCGCAACUCCUGAAGUUCGAACCUGUGUUCUGUUUGUAAGAAGUCGAACGCUCUUAAACGCUGGGCCACCGGCCCGUUUUCACGUCAGUUUCGAUUGGGCAUAUUAAUUGUCGUAGAGGGCGUUCACCGAUCGCGUUACGGCACCUACUCAUUCCGUCGUGCUUUCAGAUUCGAUUUGAAGUUCAACAGGCAGCCUCAGGACGAUUUUUAAUAUACUUGACAAAAGAAGACGACCGUGAACCAGCUGUCCGCGUCCGGCCUGUUGCACUCUAAGCGAGCUGCCUCUGUAUUAUAUGCGGCAUAUGUCCUAUGACACAGCUUUCGUUGUCGGCAGUAGCAAGUGGAUUGGCGGACAGAAUGGGAUCGAGUAAGAUCCUAAUCACAACAGUCAGCGUCAAACGCCCACUUGACAUGAACAUAUACCUCACUUCAUAAGGCCUAUGACGUACUGAUGUCCGGUUAAGACCGUGAAACAGCUGUCUGCGUCUGGCCUGUCGUACUCAUAGCGGUCUACCUAUGCAAUAUAUAUAUAUAUAUAUUAUAUAUAUAUAAAGGCAGAAUGAUAUUACCGACAAAGACCAGGGAGAAUGGAAUGGCCAUUUCUGGCUUAUUAGCCGUCGUCAGCCAGCCAUACCCAAGCCCGAGGUGUCGGUAAUAUCAUUUUGCCUAUAUAUCAUGCGCCGCUGUGCGGCUGCUGGUUGGGCUCGAGAGAGAGCCCUUAAGGCACAACGGAACUAGUGAGUUCCGUAUGAACGAUCGGUGAGCGCCCCCUAACAUUGUAUAUUCCCGAUCGAAAACCGACAGGGCAACGGGCUCGUAGCCCGGUGGAUAGAGGCGUGGACUUCUAAACCAACAGGUCGCGAGUUCGAGGCUCGGGUGCUCCACACUUCGGGCUUGGAGAUGGCUGACUGACGACGGCUAAUAAGCCAGAAAUGGCCAUUCCAGUCUCCCUUGUCUUUUUCGGUAAUACCAUUCUGCCUAUAUAUAUAUAUUGUAGAUCAGAGGUGUUAUGCAUUCCGAGUCGAUAUAACGAAAUCAGGAAGAGGUUCUUCGGAAAAAUCGAGUUGUACUCGUGAUUUCAUAUAUAUAUAUAUUUAUUGAGAUCGAAUGUCUUCUUUGGGAAAAGAAAUUUUUCUGCGUAAUUUUUCGACGCUGAUUCCCCAGGUCGUCAUCGGACGCAUACUGAGAGUGAAUGUGCCGACAUCAGUUAACAUCUGUCAGUGCACUUGGAAAUCGACAAUGGUUGGCGUUUGCGCCCGUGAGUAGCCGCUAUCUGUCAUUCUGUCCCGAUUACUUUUCGUUUGGUAGGAUGGUAGUUGGUAGCCCUGCCCACUGAUUCUACGAUUGUACUUACUGGCUCGAUUUCAAGCUCUGUGAUUACGUUCUCAUUAUGUCUGGGAGUGCACGCGCAGAAGCCCUGUCAGGAUGACUUUCUUCCUCAUUUUAACCGCCUCGAGAACGAGGCGCUGCAGAAAUGUCUAUAUAGACUCCUUGUAUUGCACCCCUACACGGAAAUCUUUAGUAAAGGACGAAAGAUUUAUCCUAGGCGGAAAAUGAUUCAUCAUGCUUCUCAUAAUGGUUCUAAUUGCAUGCGCGCACUGUGUUACCUGUAUCUGAUUCAUUUUAGAGGUACUAUCCUAGGCUGCAUACCACAGUACCCAGAGGUUACCUGAAGGCAUAAUCAUCCGUGUGCUGUCGCAGUAUUUGUAAGGGCAUGACCUUUCGACAUCUACAUAAGACCCUACAGGUCAGUAGUCCUUUCUGCUGGAGAUACUGCACUAGGUAGGACGACUGGAUUAUUUCCAGGAUCCGCGAAUAAUCUGUCGGCCUAUCCACUUGCGGUCCUGCUUUCCUUCGCCUUCUUAGAGACUGGACUCUGCAAGCAGAAAAAAGUGUAACUUCAUAUACAGAAUGCUAAUUCCUCUUUACAUUGUAUUGUACACCAUUCACGUAUAUCAAACAACUACUGCCAUAGUUUAAAUCCCUGAUGUGGCCACAGUGACAAUACACUAUUAUUUGCAGAUUUUCUCUUUCGCCCAAACAUAUUUUUCGCAUUAAAUUCUUACCCCGCUUGCGUUAUGCCGUCCUGCGUGCCGCUGCUUGACUCUCGUGUUCUCAUGUCCAUUUUGUCGGUUAGAGUACUAUCGCACAUACUGCGGAAUGACCUUAAGACACACUGCCUUCUUCCUAUUGAUUGUUCGCUUUCACUUGCUAUUCUUUCCAAUCUGGGGCAAGGAUGCAUUUAUUCCUCAUACCGUACUAAUUAUCCAUGCUUAUUUCUAUACCCUCCUUGCAUUUUUAACCUUAUUUAAAUUAGGCUUCCACUUUGCCAGGAGCGUCACUUCCAGGCAUACCCUACAAGCGCCAUUUACGCCUCCACGCAUCUGCCCCACCCGCAUAUCUCCUUUUACCACCGGUCCCGUAAGACGGGUAGCUGGGAGUUUUCGGUACCGAGAGGGCUACCAACUACCAUCUAGCCUUUCGUUUUUUUCCAUUUCUCCUUGAGACUGUACGCGGCGUCCAAUUCGAUAUGUCGGUUGAUGCACAAUCCAUCCGAGUGCAUGGCUUCAAGGAGCAAGCACCGACUGUCCGAGUUCUGUAGAGCGACAUGAUGGGCGGUACCGUAACUCACUAAGGUGUUUCUGCUUGGUUUAUUUUUGAGCGGGAAUGCUUACGUGCGAGAAGGUGGGUCACUGAGUUUGGGUAUGACUGGCUGGUGACGGGUAAUAAGCCGGAAAUGGCCAUUCCGGUAUCCCUUGUCACUGAUGAUAGAAUUUCAUUUACUUUUACUACUACUACUACUACUACUACUGCUACUACUACUACUACUACUAUUACUACUACUACUACUACUACUACUACUACUACUACUACUACUACUACUACUACUACUACUACUAG